UAGCCUUCAACCCUCUCCUGAGGCCUUGCAUAAUAAAUGUGAAGCCACGCCCACCGAGCAGUCUCCAAAAAGGCUGCCCUCGCGCUUAGCUGCACACUUUGAGCUUUUUCACCAGCAGGGAAGCAACUUCAACUGCGACAUUUAAACUUCCUCCGCAAAAGAAAGACUGAAUUUUCUCUCAGAAGAAACAUUACCAAAUCGCGGAAAUGAUUUUCAACAAGUUGAAAAAGUUUCUGGUGAUUUUUGACUCUCCGGAGAUGGACUGUCCCCCGGUGUUCAGCAGCGGGGACGUGGUGUCCGGACGGGUGGUUCUAGAGCUGCUCAGCGAGACCAAAGUGGACUCCCUGAAGCUGCACGCCGAGGGGUUCGCUAAAGUCCACUGGACCGAGUCUCGGUCCGCCGGCUCCAGCACGGCUUACACCCAGAACUACAGCGACGAGGUGGAAUACCUGAACCGGAGAGAGGCGCUGCUGCAGGCAGAUAAUGGUGAGGUGACUGUCCUUCCUGCCGGCAGACAUGAGUUCCCGUUUAGUUUCCAGCUUCCAGAGGAGACGCUCGUCACCUCCUUCGAGGGAAAGCACGGCAGCAUCCGUUACUGGGUCAAAGUAAAGCUGCACAGGCCUUGGUGUCCCGUCAGGAAAAUCAAGAAAGAGUUUACUGUCAUCGAGCCCAUCGACAUCAACACGCCAAGCCUGCUGGCUCCACAGGCAGGGACGAAGGACAAGCUGGCACGGACCUGGUACCACAACUUUGGACAGGUGUCUGUUACUGCAAAGAUUGACCGCAAAGGUUACACUCCAGGCGAGGUUAUUCCUGUAUUUGCGGAGUUUGACAACGCCACCUCCAGAUCAAUAGUACCCAAAGCCUUCAUCACUCAGACUCAGACGUUCAUCGCCCGCGGCACCAUGAAGCAGAAGCGCUCCGUCGUGGCCACGCUGUGUGGCGACAUCGUGAGCGCAAGGACGAGGGAGACGUGGCACGGUCGGGCCAUCAAGAUCCCACCUGUGGGUCCAUCAAUCCAGCAGUGUCGCAUCAUCAAGGUGGAAUAUAUGCUGAAGGUUUGCGUUGACGUUCCGGGGACAUCAAAGCUGUGUUUGGAGCUUCCCCUUGUCAUCGGCACCAUCCCGCUGCAUCCCUUCGGCAGCCGGACGUCCAGCAUCAGCAGCCACUACAGCUUCAACCUGGAGUGGUUGCGCAUGGCUAUCCCAGAGCAACCUGAGCCUCCUCCAGAAUACAGCUCUGUGGUGACAGAGGAGGAGGCAGAGCAGCGAAACAGCUCAGCGGUUCAGGAGCCGGCGGAAGACCUGAGCGGGAUCUUGGAACGACCCCUCAGGGAUUUCCUCCAAGAGUUUCGCUUCCGACCUCCACCUGUUUACAGUGAGAUCGACCCCAACCCUCAGCCCCUCAACAUCAGACCUCGCUGCAUGACGUGUUGAACCAUGAGCCCCACCUUAGCGACAAGCUACGUUUUGAGCUAAACAAAUCAAGAGAUUUGUUGUCUUCUGGAUUUAUUCCUCAUUGCUGAACGAGCACCUGGUCCCUGCCUGGGUGGUGAAGGCGGACUGGAGCGCCACGGACAGGAGAUGGAGCUCACAGGAGCUGGAGGCUUGCAGAGAUGAAGUGGACUUUUUCUGGUUCUGCAUCAGUUCCUGUCCUCCACAAGUGAUUUAAUGUUUCUUGCUCUCAGAGAAAUGAGAGACGAAAUACCUCCCAAUCAACAAUUUCGUUCUUUUUGUGAGACGUAAGGAGUUUGGGUCAGAUUGAGGGGGUUAGGAUCACUUGAUAUUUAUCAGGCAAAGUCUUGCUCUGAGUGCUUUUGAUAAGCUGUCAUAUUCAGAGGCACCAUGUCAGCUUUGAUUGGCAUGAAAAUUAUCCUCGGUUCAAACUUUGCCUGAUUGCAGGGAAGAUGUUACAUGCCUACAUUGCUAUGCGUUGUUACUUGAUGGCUGUGUAAUGUUGCAUAAGCAUAUAAUGUACAUGAAGGUACAUGAUUUAGCUGAGAAGUCGAAUAAUGAGAGGCUGAUGUCCUUAAUGCAUGCAGGUAAAAAUAUGUGGAAAAAGAACAACGUACGCCUUUAAUAAUCUGCAGUUAAAGGUGGCAUGAGUUUUAAGCCUGGUGUUCUCUGUGAGCUGGGUAGAGCUGAAUGUUAGCAGAGAGCAGAAAAAAAGAGCAGAAAAAAAAGUUAAAGUCAACAAGAAAUUGUGUCAAAGCAAAAGCUGAAAACACUGAAAGUGGGAAAGCUGUGGUGUUUGGUUUAAGAGGAUCGCCCACAAUAAGGAUGUUGAAGUUUGCCACAAAGAUGUGCUUUUAGGGCUGCUAAACGGAGGAAAGACCUCUGAGCCAUACGGACUGAAUUCUCCGGUGCUGUACGGUCAAGCUUUAAAGCUGGAGAUGCCACUGAAAUGUAUGGACUAAGACCAUUCCAAAUAACUGACUUUGAGGAUUAUGUUUUUAUUUUCCUAAACUUCCAAAAAAAGUCAGUCUGUAUCAGUUCAGGGUCAGGUGUGUGAUGUCAGGGCACACUCUGAGGGGG